AUGAGGUCUCUUUCGUGGAACUGCCGGGGUCUGGGGAGACCCGCGGUGCAACAAGCCCUUCGGGCUUGGGUGGGAAAGUUCAAGGUGGAUUGUGUUUUUCUUAUGGAGACUAAAGUGGAUUGUGAUGUUAUGGCAAAGAUUGGUAGAGAGCUAAAAUUUCAAUUUGGCAAAUUCAUUGCUUCGGAGGGCCUAGCAGGGGGAUUCUGUUUGUUGUGGAACUCUUCUGCGGGCAUCAGGACGGUGAAUGUUUGGCCAACGGGUUUCGAAUGUUGGGUGUUUGAUGAGACUAUAAAUGUUGAGUGGAAUUUGUAUGCUAUCUAUGGUCCACCGUAUGAGGAUCGCAAGAGUGACUUUUGGGAAGAUGUGGCUAGAUAUGUAAAUGAUGACAAUAAGGCUUGGGCUAUAAUGGGAGACCUUAAUUUAAUUCACAAGAAGGAGGAUAAAUCUGGGGGAAGGACCUUUGCCCCUCGGGAUGGUCGAGUGAUGAAUGACUUUUUGUUUAAUGUGGGUGGAGUGGACAUUGGGUUCUCUGGAUGUAAGUUCACUUGGCGAAACAAAAGGGAAGCGGGGGGAAUGGUAAAGGAGAGACUAGACAGAGUUCUUUCUAAUCCUGAUUGGCUUUCUCAUUAUCCUAUGGGUAGAGUUCGGAAUCUUCCUAUGGUGGCCUCUGAUCAUGGCCCUAUGCUGGUGGACACGGCGCCUAUGCGUUCCAAAGGCUUUUAUCCCUUCAGAUUUUACGAAGCUUGGUUCAAUGAAAAAUCAAGCUUUGAGAUCAUUAACGCUGCUUGGAAGGGGGCCGACUCUCGGUCUUGUAAUCGUUCAUUGUUAUCCAAAUUGCAAUGCACAAGAGGGGAGUUACAGAGAUGGAAAAAAGAGGUUUUCGGGGAGUGUGAUAUCAAAAUGAAACUUUUGGAGAAUAAUCUCCAGGCAGUUCAGUCAAAGGAAGUCGACGAUCAUGCCGUUGAGGAGGAAAGGAGAAUAGAGAAUGAGAUUUUGGAGAUAUUACGUCGUCGGGAAAGCAUCUGGAAACAACGCUCUAGGGAGCUUUGGCUGGCCAAAGGUGACCGAAAUACAUCCUUCUUUCAUGCUGCCACGGUGGUGAGAAAAAGAAGAAAUCAGAUUUUGGUGUUGUUGGAUGACAAUGGUAGGCCGAAAGAGAAUGAGGCAGCUAAAAGAGAUAUCCUGAAUGGGUUUUUUAAGAAGCUCUAUACUGCAGGCGGAGUCAAUGUCCCUUGUGAUCUUGAAGGUUUGAUCACUCCGUCUAUAUCAGCCCAGGAAAAUGAGAUGCUUUUGGAGAUCCCUUCUGAGGAGGAGAUAAAGCUACAAGUGUUAUCCAUAUGCACCCUUUAA